AUGCUCGAAAGCUGUAUAGAGGACAGUGAACAAUAUUCGAGAAGGGACACUAUCGAAAUACAUGGUGUUGUGCCAGUUGAAAAAGUCGAACAAGUGUUGGAAGUAAUCAAGUCGGUGGGGAAGGCAUUAGAUCUAACCAUUGAAAAUUCUAUGGUUAGUGCUUGCCACAGGUUACGAAGUAGGGAUGGAACUGACAAACCUCCCGGAAUAAUAGUUAAGAUGACUCGACGUAUAGACGCUGAAUCUCUGCUGCAACGAAGACUUGUGAAGAGGAAUUUUUCUACUCACCACAUAGGCCUAACAGCAAGCCCUGCUCAGCCUAUCUACAUAAAUGAAAGCCUAUGUCCCGGAAGGCGCCGACUUCUGAAUGCAGCUAGAGUUGUGAAAGGAGAAAAACAAUACACAUACUUAUGGAUACGGGGAGGCAAGAUCCUUAUGAGAAAGGCCGAAAAAGCUCCUGUGAAAGUGAUAACUUCUCAAGCAGAUCUAGCCAAACUGUGA